CUUUCCUUGCUAACUUCACCAAAUUGACACACAAAUACACACACUUCCUAUAGUAAGCUCCGUUACGUAACUUCAAACCACACCACACCGUUUUCUCUCUCUCUCACACACACAGUAGACGUUUUCUUCAAAAAUCAAUGGCGGAAAACGAAGCUCCGAAUCCGCUUUCUUCAAUCAUCUCCAAGUUCACUCAACUUUUUAACUUCCGUUUUCCACCGCCGCCGCCGCCGUCGUCGAAGAAAGCUGAAUCCGCCGGUCCUCGUAGCGACGAAGUGGCGGAGGUUCAGAAACCGGUGGCCGUCAAAUUUCCUGAUAAUCAGACUACUAGUGUUGCUCCGGUGAAACUUGAACCUGCUGAGAUUGAGCAGGAUACCAAUCCUGCUGUUCUUUGGCAGGUGUAUGCGAUUGGAGGAUUUUUCAUUUUGAAGUGGGUGUUGGCAAGAUGGAAGGAGCGAAGAGUCAACAAGAAACCAUCCAUUGAAGAUUCACCACCGCCACCACCACCACCACAAGCAGAAGCAGCCACUGAACCUGACGAGUAGCUGUAUAUGAUGCCGUCAAUGUUCAAUUAACUUCACGUUGCAAUAUGGCACAUGAACAUACUCUUUGUAUCUAAGCCUGUAUAGACCUUGGGGGUCCUUCAAUACAUAAAUCCAAUAUUGGGUCCUA